AUGGCCAACGACUCGCUGUGCGGCCUUCCAGUUGAGCUUAUUGUGAUGGUCUUUCAACGACUGGACGUUCCCAAGGAUGCUGUCAAUCUUGCCGCCUCAUCUCGACGCCUUCACGAUGUCUUCAACGACGAAGAUAACAAGCCCGUGAUUCUCAAGUCCGUCAAUCGGGCGUUUCGUAUUAGAAGCAUUCGCCGUAACUUUGGUAUACCAAAAAGCGCGCGGGACUACAAUUUCGAAGAACAGUUCUCCGUCAUCAAGCGUCUACCACCCUUGGGCUGGCUAGUCAGAAGCGGCGAUUCAGACGUUGACUACGAGAUCCAAGUCGACUACACCGCCGUAUCCAGCGAAAUGGACGAGUUUGGAAUCCGUAACUUGGCGGACAUCCGCAGCCGCAACCCAGGCAUGACCCUACAGGAAGCGCUCCCCAUAUUCCUUGGGCAGUUCGCCGAUACGGACAAGCGUUGGACUGACGCUUUUUCCCCUCAAACACGAGCCGCCUUUGCUGGAGCUGCGGAGCUUCAGAUUGGGAUUCUCGAGGCCUCGGACUUGGUCGCGCACCCCAUUACCGACUUAUCUGGUGGCCGGACGCUCUUGGCUCUGGUUCUGCACUGGGUUGCCGUGUUCGAUGCUCUAUGUAUAUAUGGUGGCGAAAUCUCCUGUCGUGCCGGGACCUCCAUUGAUUAUUGUCCCAUCAGGGACAAAGGGGAUGGCUUGCCGGUAACAAUCAUGCGUCCGGGAUACAUGAAGUAUGAAGUUCAUCCUUCGAUUACGGUGCAGCAACACGAGCCAGAACAGGCAAACCCGGGUAACCUUCCCAAGAAGGAGCCGAUAGCCGGGUGCCACGAUGAUUCUGAUUACGGGUUAUCGCUUCGCUACAUCGUCGACAUCUUCCUGCGCCUAUCAGAAAGCGAAGACCCAAACCACUGGCCAACACUGACAUACGUGCUGAUAAUCCUGCACUACUUCCCCAACGAAUACUUCUUCGAGCGGCACGAGUGGCUGCACCACAUCCCGUCCCACAUGACCGACGAUAUCUGGGAGUGUCUGGCAGAUUAUUACGGGUUCUGCAAGCACGACACACCGCUUACGCUGCAUUGGGAUGAGCAGGAAUACACGGAGCUGGUUGGGACAGGCCCGCUCGCCGCACUCGCCAUCGAGCACAUGCGCCGACAACAUGCACUCUGGCGCCAUGGCAAAGACGAAGAAGAACUUGUGGAUAUCGAAAUGGAGAGCUUGGCGAGAUUCGGUCCCGUUACGUUCGCUAAGAAAAUCAAGUCUUUGGCUUUGGGUGAAGAGUAUGAGCUUGAUUAG